UUAUUUGAAAGAGCAUCAACCGAACGCAAGAAUCACACACAACACUCGGUUAGACGUACGUACGAUCACAUUGCAGUAGAGAUCGAUGGGUAGACUCCAUAAUUUGUUGCUUCUGUUAGUGUGCUUCUUCUCCACGCUAUUGCUCGCACAGGUGAUGAGUGCUGCUGCAGGGAUGGCAGCAGUGAAAGUGAGCACCACACCCAUCUUCUCCAAGAUCCCACGAGCUCAGACGACCAAGGAUUUUCAGGUGCUACUACGCAUUGAGGCGCCACCACUAGUGGAUCUCAAGGGCCGUGUCCCCAUUGAUCUUGUCAUGGUGCUCGACGUUGACGUCGAAUCAGUGAGUCUGGAACCGGUGAAAAAAGCCAUGAAAUUCGCCAUCCAACAACUCAGUGAUAAAGACUCUAUCGCCAUCUUUGGGCCAUCCAUGAGCCGAGAGGUCAUCCCUAAGUUUAUGAGUAUUCAUGGUAGCCGAAGGGUUGCUGAGAAGAAGGUAGAUGAGUUGGAGGGCCGUCGCAUUGCCGGUCCAGCAAGGUCAAGCUUGGAUGAGGCCCUCAAGAUGCUGGAGGAGCAGCCGGCGAGCUCUUCCGACGGCCGCGCGAAGUUCAUCGUGUUGGUGACCGACGGAGAGGACAUCACCCGCUUCAACUCCGGCAUGCCGGAGUGGUUCACCGCCGCCCUGGCCAAGUACCCCGUGCACGCCUUCGGCCUGGGCGCCUCGCACGACGCCGCGGCGCUGCGCCUCAUCGCCCAGCGAUCGCAUGGCACCUACUCCUUCCUCGACGACGGCAACGUCGACAAGGUCGCAAGCGCGCUCGCCCUGUGCCUCGGCGGUCUCAAGUCCGUCGCCGCCGUCGGCGCGCGCGUCGUCCUCAAGGCGGCGAGCGGCAGCGGCGUGAGGAUCGACAGGAUCAGCUCCGGGGACUACGCGAGUUCAGUCUCCCAGGUCGACGGGGGCGCCUCCGGCGAGAUCGUCAUCGGCGCCCUCUACGCCGGCGAGGUCAAGAGCUUCGUCGUCCACCUCUACGUGCCCGCCGCGCCGCCGGCAUUGCGGACGGUGGAGGGCGUCUGCUGCGACCAGCAGCAGCUGCUCGUCGCCAGCCUCGAUGGCCAGCUGUACACUAGUGGCGGCGUGGACGUCGACGACGCAGCAGCACCUGUUGAUCUCGUCGUGGAGAGGCCUAACGCCGCCGUGCUGGUUCCCUCCGCCAUUGUCGUCAACCAAAUCUUCCAGUUCAGUGUGCUGAAGAUGUUCGACACCUUCAUCGACAAAGAGAUCCUCCACCGCACUCCGGUGACCGGGUGGAACGACGUCGACGUCGACGACCUGGGGAGGAAGCUGCUGGCGAGGUGGGAGGAGCUCGUGCUCGAGCACCAGUUCUGGGUCGGCCUCGAUCUGGGAUCCCUCGACGGCGAGAUCACCGCGGUGGCGAACAGCCUGAGCAAGCAGUACAUCGUUGGCACGGCGUACAUAUUCUCAUGGAUGUCGAGCUACAAGAUGCAGCGGCCGACGGCGAUGGGGUCGCCGGCGAACGUGGUGGGCGUGUUCGUGACGCUGGAGGUGCACCUGACGCUGCAGGUGGCGAUCACGCUGCCGGAGAGCGGCGGCGACGAGGGUGAGUGCCACGAGUGCGAGUACACCUGCGAGAAGCAGCUGCCGCCUGCGCCGCCGCUGCUGGAGGCGUCUGGACACGAUGGCAGCAGCUACCGUCUCAACGCCGCGUACGAGGGCGUCGUAUCGCUCGACGACAUCAACCAAUUCAUGAUCAAAAUCUACCAGGGCAUGGUGAAAGCGAACAAUUUGAAGCAAUGCCAGCCACGUGCUGUCGCCUGAUUAGUCUGCAAGCGGAUUAAUCCCUCUACUUUGUUGAGCAAUAAUAAUAAUAUGUCCAUCGAUCGAUCGCUUGGUAGUGGCAGUUGCCUUAUCAGCAGGCAAGAUUGACGAGGGCGUUUGUUCAGAUUCGUAUUUAAAAGUCUACUUUCUUUCUUUAACGGAGAUAGUAUUAGCUCGGCUAAUACUACUAUAAAGAUUGAGAAUAAUAAGGGAUGUAAGUGAUAACUUUGUUCGUCGUCAAUGCAUGUAAGAUCGAGUUUACACUUUAUAGCAAGCUAAUUAAGCUCUGUUUA